AUGUCUGAAGUCAUCCAAGAGAAGCCUACUCGUGCCUGCCCUAAUCUCUUUCCCAAAGAGCUGAUAAUCGACGAGGUUGAUGGCAAGGCAACCAACAUAAAGCUCAACUCUCUCAGGAGGCCUCAUAUGAGAUCCUUCCAUCUGUCUUGGUUGGGCUUCUUCUCUGCCUUCACAACCUGGUUUGCUCUCAACCCCUUGCUCAAGAAGACCAUUGCCCCAUUAAUCGGAAUCACUGCUGGAGAUGUAGCUAACUCGGACAUUGCCAACGUCUCUUCGACUGUCAUUGCUCGUUUCUUCAUCGGUGGUUUGGUUGACAAGUUUGGGCCUUCUCGUGCUAUGGCGUUUAUUUUAAUGGCUGGUAGUCUCCCCAUUGGCUUAGUCGGUUUGGUUAACUCAGCUGGUGGUCUCAUCGUAUUGAGAUUGUUUGUUGGUAUAAUUGGUUCAACAUUCGUACCUUGUCAAUACUGGACCACCGCUCUCUUUUCAAAGAACAUUGUUGGAACUGCAAAUGCCAUUGCUGGCGGUUGGGGAAACAUGGGAGGAGGAUUCACCUUCUUGAUCAUGCCUCAAGUCUUCAACUUGAUGAAAACCAUUGGUCUCUCUGUUGGCAACGCCUGGAAAGUAACCUACGUCUUCCCCGUAAUCAUUUGCUGGAUUGUCGCUAUACUCUGCUUGAGAUUCGGAGAUGACCACCCUGUGAUAAAGACCCUUCCCGUCGCCGCUGAAACUGAAAUCCUCAAGGACAAGCCCGAAGAAGGUGCCACUGCCGUCAUCGACACUAUCGCGGCUCCUACUCAUAUUCUUGGCGGUGCUGCUGAGAAGGUCCCGUACUGGAAGAUUAUGCUACGAGCUGUCACUAACCCCUACGUCAUCAUUUUAAUGUUCUCUUAUGCUUGCUGCUUUGGUGUCGAACUCUCUGUUGACUCUCAAAUCGCCAACUACUUUAUUGGAAAGUAUGCUUUGGAUCAAACUACUGCUGGACAACUCAGUUCCAUCUUCGGUCUCAUGAACUUCUUCAGUCGUGCAUCUGGUGGACUUUUAUCGGAUCUGAUGUUCCACUACUUUGGAAUGCGAGGAAGAAUAGGAAUUAGCGCCACCUUCUUCUUCAUCAACGGCAUUGCUCUUAUCGGAUUUAGUUUCGCAGACACUUUGGGUGCCAGUAUUGGCUCUAUGGUUGUAUUCUCAUACUUUACUCAAGCCCUGUGCGGUACUACCUUUGGUAUUGUCCCAUUCGUUGACAGCGGAAUUAUGGGUGCAGUGACAGGGCUGGUCGGUGCUGGUGGUAACAUUGGAGGUGCUAUUUUCAACUCUAUCUUCACCGCCUAUGUCACAAAUCUCUCUGGUGGCUUCAGAGUUAUGGGAAUAAUUGUACUCGUUUGUGGAUUCUUGCCAACGUUUGCCCUACGAGUACAAGGCUCCAUGUUGCUCUUCAAGACCAAGUAA